AGAAUUUAUCCAACCCCCUAUUGUGCAGGAAUGUGGAGGAGCAAAAGGUUCAAACUUGUUACAACACAUGCCAAACGAAUAUGAUGGAUCACCUCUAUGCAUAGUAGUAAAGUGUUUUAUAUUUUGUAGUUAUUUAUGACUGCAUGUGCCUGUGUGUGUGUGUGUGUGUGUGUGCGUGUGUGUGUGUGUGUUCACUCGUUGCCCAUCUCUGGUCUGCACUGUAAUCAGAAUCACAAUCAGAUUUUUUGGCCAAGUAUGUAAAACACACAAGGAAUUUGUCUCCGUAGCGUAGGCUACCCCGAGUACAGUAUUGCAAUAACAAGCAACUAUGAUAGACAUGACAUAAGUUUGUAAGAUGGCAGAACCAUCACAGACAAAUGACAUGCCUGAUUCACUUAUUGUAGUUUCCAUUCGGGCUAGGCUAAGUUUUUUAAACAAAAAUCGAUUUCUGAUUCUAAUUGCAGACGAAUGCUAUUUUUGCAAGGUAGAAAUUGGCACAAUUUCUUUGGCAAUGCUUACUGCAGCUGACUCUGAUUGCCUUCCACCAAGCUCCUUUUUUGUCAUACGGAAAACAAUGUGAAAAUUAUUCCAAUGGUGUCACUAGAAUUGUUUGUUUCUUUAUGCGGCUUUAAGAAGCUGGUAGUUGUUUUGAUCUUGUUGCAUCUCCGGUUGGCAACAGUGACUUCUAUGUGGCAGCCAUGUUUUUGAAUCUCCUUAAAAUUUCAAUUUAAAAAUAACAAUAAAAUACCCUGAGCAAUAAAGUGAAAUGAAUCCAUCAUUAAUUAAAUCAGGUAAUUUUUUAGCGCUACUUUCCAUUUUGCUUUUAUUGAGUGUGUUCAUGUCACCGUCAGUGGAUGGAACCACUAGCGGUGACAUGAACAAUGUAGGGGAGGAAACACCUCUUUGUGCCUACGUGUGUGUCCUUUGUAUGUGUGUGUUUGUGAGUGUGUGGGUCAUGAAUGCACCACUGUCAUCAGCCAUAGACGUUGAACGCAUCCACCUCCAGCUUCUGCUUCGGCUUUGGGACCUUGAGUAAACUUCAAAAUUGCCAUCAGAGAAACGUGGAAUUAAUAUCUUUCUGUUUUCUCUUUCUGCUUGUUUUUAUGUUCUGGUCAUUGAUGGACUUAUAAUGGAGAAUUAAAAUGGUGAGAAAGAAAAAACUGCUUGUGUUUGAGACUUGUGGAAGCAUGUUGUGGGAUGGCUAAACAUCAACAAAGCUCUAGUAUGGCCUCGAAUGACCCUGCUAAUCCCUCUGGCGACCCCCAGCCUGGGGAUCUCAUUGAGAUCUUCAGACCAGCCUAUCAGCAUUGGGCACUCUACCUGGGAGAUGGGUACAUCAUCAACUUGACUCCUGUUGACGAGAGCCAGGCCGCCGCCAUGUCCAGCGUGAAGUCCGUCUUCAGCCGGAAGGCGGUGGUGCGCAUGCAGCUACUGAAGGAGGUGGUGGGAAGUGACUCGUACCGUGUCAACAAUAAGUACGAUCACAACCACACGCCCCUGCCCGUCUGUGAGAUCAUCCAGCGAGCGCAAAUCCUGAUUGGCCAGGAGGUGUCCUAUGACCUACUGGGCAGUAACUGCGAGCAUUUUGUCACCUUGCUGCGUUACGGGGAGGGAGUGUCUGAACAGGUGGCUUAUACUCAAUUUAUUAGCAAUCCAUCCAUCUUUUCUCAUGCUUGUCCUCAUGCGGGAUCGCAAGUCAUCUGCUGCCUUCCCCAGAUGAAUUUACGUGAGAGAUGGCGUUGAUCCAGCAGGACUGAUUCGUGAUAGAAAUGUGCAAACCACACCACCACUGUGCUGCAAAAUUCAUCUUUUUGGGGGGCAACUAACAUGCUCACAUUCAACAAACAUUAUCUGGACGGAAGGAUUUGGACAUGUGGCCAUUGGAUAUGAAAAUGUCAUGUGACUAAUGUUGGGUGUGAGAUAGCACCAGGCGCAAAAUCUCAGACAAAAGCGUGUUAAAUCAUUUUAUGGUGAGCAUUUUCAGGUUCCACCACUCCAUAUACUGUUCAUUCAACCGUGCCUUUAAGAAUUUGAUGUGUAAUCUUGCUGGAACAGAAAAGAACCUAACAGCCCAUUUGGAUCACAGAAAAAAAAUGGGAACCGGCUCAAGCACUCACUGAUUAAAUGAUUAAAGGAGGAAUAUCCCAAGACUGUUUUCCAGAUGGCAGGUGAAGCAAAAAUACCACCAUAAAUGUAGUCAUCUUUUACUAUGCAGGCGUAUUUUCAAAUAAUCCGAUAAUGAAAGUAGAUGCACAUAUAUGCCACAUGGUUGAUACCAGCAGCAGCAGCGGAACUGAUGUAUACAAUAUUACAUUAUAUAGAACAUUUAUAUUGGUAGGUACUUCUUGUUUUUGUGUUGGUGCUUUUAAUACCCAACAGCAACUUAGAAAAAAAAUCAUAGAGAUGCUGGCUUGGUGUUUUUUUUUUAAAUUAGACUUCCUCUGCUUUCUUUCUUUUGUUGGCAGGCUACAAGGGCCAUUGGAGCCAUCAGUUUGGUCACAGCAGCAGCAAGUGCAUUCUCUGUCCUGGGACUGAUUAACACUCGGUCCAGAAACAGGCCCUUCUGACAGCUUCUGUGCAGCUUCUGCGGUUCAAGAUAUUUGCUCCGGAAAGUCAGCAGCCGUUCUAGGUUGAUGGUGAAAGGAAUAAUGAAUAAAAACAAACAUAUUCCAGGA